CGCGUGUUUGGUGGUGGGUGGGACAAAUACAAAGGCAAGCAGGUCAAGAGAGGAGGAGAAACCACGUGUGACAGCCAGGCUGAGAAUUGUCCUUUGCAAGUAAAGUUGCUUUUGUAGUAUCUUUGCAUGUAACCAGGCAGCCAUUACGUCUGACGGAGAAGGCCAUUCAACAAACCCGCAGCAACGGACAUCUGUUGCUUAACUCCGAAACCAAAAAAGUCUUCUUGGAAACGAAUCAUGGUUAGCAAGACGGAUGACAUCCCAGCAUCAGUUCCGAACUGCAACCCCGUUGAUCUUGCCCGGGAAGGCGAGAUAGCAAACAGCAAAGACACCAGCAAGACAGCCUUGAAGGAUCCAUGUGCCUGCGGGCACCGUGGUGACACCGCAGUGAUGAAUGGAGUAGCCGGUCAUGAUCAGGCUGAGGAGGCCGUCUCCAAGCAGGACAGCAGUGCCGACGCAGAGGAUGAUAACGAACAGGAAGUGAUUGUAAUUCAAGACACUGGCUUCACUGUGAAGAUCCAAGCACCAGGAACUGAACCCUUUGACCUUCAGGUGUCACCACAAGAGAUGGUGCAAGAGAUCCACCAAGUUCUGAUGGACCGCGAGGACACCUGCCACCGCACCUGCUUCUCCUUGCAGCUCGACGGCAAUGUACUCGACAACUUUGCCGAGCUCAAGUCCAUUGAAGGCCUGCAGGAAGGCUCCCUUCUUAAAGUGGUCGAAGAGCCCUACACAAUACGUGAAGCUCGCAUUCACGUCCGUCACAUCAGAGACCUGCUGAAGAGCCUAGAUCCAUCAGACGCUUAUAAUGGAGUGGACUGCAACUCCCUCUCGUUCCUCAGUGUCUUCACAGAUGGAGACCUUGGAGAUACUGGGAAACGCAAAAAGAAGGGCAAUGAACUUGAGCAGAUUGAUUGCACACCGCCUGAACACAUUCUGCCAGGCAGCAAAGAGCAUCCUUUAGUUCCCCUUCAGCCACAGAACAAAGACUGGAAGCCAAUGCAGUGCCUGAAGGUCUUGACCAUGAGUGGCUGGAACCCACCGCCUGGCAACAGGAAGAUGCACGGAGACCUCAUGUAUCUGUACAUCGUGACUGUUGAGGACAGACACGUCAGCAUCACUGCCUCCACCCGCGGAUUCUACCUCAAUCAGUCCACUACUUAUACCUUCAACCCCAAGCCAGCCAACCCCAGCUUCCUCAGCCACUCUCUAGUGGAACUACUGAGCCAGAUUAGCGCUGCCUUCAAGAAGAACUUCACCGCUCUGCAAAAGAAGAGGGUUCAAAGACAUCCAUUUGAGAGAAUAGCCACUCCCUUCCAAGUGUACAGCUGGACUGCACCACAGACUGAUCAUGCCAUGGACUGUGUGAGAGCAGAGGAUGCCUACACCUCCCGUCUGGGUUACGAGGAGCAUAUACCUGGCCAAACUAGAGACUGGAACGAGGAGCUCCAGACAACCAGAGAACUUUCUCGUAAGAACCUCCCUGAGCGCCUGCUGAGAGAACGAGCCAUAUUCAAGGUUCAUAGCGACUUUGCUGCUGCGGCGACGCGUGGCGCAAUGGCGGUGAUCGAUGGCAAUGUAAUGGCGAUCAACCCUGGAGAAGAGACGCGCAUGCAGAUGUUCAUCUGGAACAACAUUUUCUUCAGCUUGGGUUUUGAUGUACGUGACCACUACAGAGAGCUGGGCGGAGACGCUGCUGCCCAUGCUGCCCCCACCAACGACCUGAAUGGGGUGAGGGCAUACAGUGCCGUGGACGUGGAGGGGCUCUACACCCUGGGCACGGUGGUGGUGGACUACAGAGGUUACCGUGUAACCGCACAGUCCAUCAUUCCUGGCAUCUUGGAGCGGGAACAGGAGCAGAGCGUCAUCUACGGCUCCAUUGACUUCGGGAAGACCGUAGUGUCCCACCCCAAGUAUCUGGAGCUUCUGGAGAAGACCAGCCGCCCACUGAAGGUGCAGCACCACGCUGUGCUCAAUGAGAAAGACACCGCUGUAGAGCUUUUCUCCUCUGUGGAGUGUAAGGGUAUCAUUGGCAACGAUGGCCGCCAUUACAUCCUGGACCUUUUGCGCACCUUCCCACCUGACCUCAAUUUCCUGCCGGUGGAGGGCGAAGAGCUCGCCCCAGAGAGCAAGAAGCUGGGUUUCCCCCGCCAGCAUCGCCAUCGGCUGGCUUGCUUGCGCCAGGAGCUCAUUGAGGCCUUUGUAGAGCACAGAUAUCUCCUCUUCAUGAAGAUGGCAGCACUCCAGCUAAUGCAGCAGAAAGCAAACAAAGACAAGACUGCAGCCCUGCAUGACACGAGCACUGCAGAUGCGGAGUCUGAAAGCAAGCCUCAGGCCCUUGAAACAUCUGAGAAGGUUCCUGACGGCAUGCCAACCUCUCCAACAUCCUCCGAAUCCACUCUGACCCCUGAUGACUCAGAGGCAACGACUAUGUCUGAAAAGUCUGCUCCUGAAAACCAGGAAGCCCCAGCAGAUCUGAAAUCGGCAAACACCAAUGGUACUCAUGAGCCUUCAGCUGCAGAGAAGCAGAAUGGAGGGUGUGAUAGUCUCUUGAAGGGUAAGGAAGCUGAUGAAAAUAUUCCUGGACUUGCCCAAGCUAAAGAGCUGGCUGAGUCCUUAGCAGCAGAAGAUGGAUCCGGUAUUGACCCCAAAAGUCAAGAGGUGGUCCUCAACGCCUGUAAAGCUGUGGGCUCCAUCAGCAACACCUCUUUCGACAUUCGCUUCAACCCAGAUAUCUUCUCUCCAGGCGUUCGCUUCACUGAUGACAGCACUGAUGACAUCCAGAAACAGAAGCAGCUUCUCAAAGAUGCUGCAGCCUUCCUAGUGUCCUGCCAGAUUCCCUCUUUUGUAAAAGACUGUUUAGAUCACAGCUCUUUGCCUAUGGAUGGAGCAACGAUGACAGAAGCCCUUCAUCAGCGUGGCAUUAAUGUGCGUUAUCUUGGUACUGUGCUGGAGUUUGUGGACAACAUGCCUGCAAAAGCACAAAUUGAACAUAUCUACAGAAUUGGAAUCAGUGAGCUGAUCACCAGAUGUGCAAAGCAUAUCUUCAAAACAUAUCUUCAGGGUGUGGAGCUCUCUGCUUUAUCCGCUGCCGUGAGCCACUUCCUGAACUGCCUCUUGAGCUCUUUCUCAGAUGCCGUGGCUCACCUCCCUGCGGAUGAGCUGGUGUCCCGCCGAAAGAGCCGUAAGAGGCGUAACCGGGUCCCUGGUGGAGGGGACAACACAACAUGGGCCAGUCUGACACCUAGUGAGCUGUGGAAGAACGUUAACUCUGAGGCACAGAGCUACUAUCACUUCAGUCUACAAUGUGAAAGUGCGGACCAAGCAGUGGAGAAGUACGGCUUGCAGAAGCUCACCCUGCUGAGGGAGAUAUCAAUCAAGACGGGCGUUCAGAUCUUGAUAAAGGAGUACAACUUCGACAGCCGCCAUAAGCCGGCCUUCACCGAGGAGGACAUCCUAAACAUCUUCCCCGUCGUUAAGCACGUCAACCCCAAAGCCUCUGAUGCCUUCCAUUUCUUCCAAAGCGGGCAGGCCAAGGUUCAGCAAGGCUUCCUAAAGGAGGGCUGUGAGCUCAUCAACGAGGCCUUGAACCUCUUCAACAAUGUGUAUGGAGCCAUGCAUGUGGAGAUCUGUGCCUGUCUGCGCCUUCUGGCCCGACUCAACUACAUCAUGGGUGAUCAUCCUGAGGCUCUGAGCAAUCAGCAGAAGGCUGUCCUGAUGAGUGAGAGAGUGCUGGGUAUUGAACACCCCAACACUAUUCAAGAAUAUAUGCACUUAUCUCUGUACUGCUUUGCCAAUGGCCACCUGUCCACUGCCCUGAAGCUGCUGUACCGCGCUCGCUACCUCAUGCUCGUGGUGUGUGGGGAGGACCAUCCAGAAAUGGCUCUGCUCGAUAGUAAUAUUGGUCUGGUGCUUCAUGGUGUGAUGGAGUAUGACCUGUCUCUGCGGUUCCUGGAAAACGCCCUGGCCAUCAAUUCCAAAUACCAUGGCCCACGAUCCCUGAAAGUAGCUCUCAGUCAUCACCUGGUGGCCAGAGUAUAUGAGAGCAAGGCUGAGUUCCGCUCUGCCCUGCAGCAUGAGAAGGAGGGUUAUACCAUAUACAAGAACCAGGUUGGUGAAGCUCAUGAGAAGACGAAGGAGAGCUCAGAGUACCUGAAGUACCUCACGCAGCAGGCUGUGGCUCUACAGAGAACCAUGAAUGAGAUCUACAAGAACGGAUCCAACGCUAGCAUAAUGCCUCUCAAGUUUACAGCACCAAGCAUGGCCAGUGUUCUGGAACAGCUUAAUAUCAUCAAUGGCAUCAUCUUUAUUCCCCUCAGCCAAAAGGACCUGGAGAAUCUGAAGGCCGAGGUGCAGAGACGGCAGCUGAUGCAGAAUUCUGGGAAAAUCGAGGAACAGCAGGCCAGUCAGUUAGAGCUGGAUGACAAGCUGCCUGUGGAUGAUUAACAACUUCAUCCAUGCAGCCCCUCUCCAUACGAGGAGGACACGAUGCAGCAGCCGUCUGUUUGAACCUGUGGACCUGAGAACUGAGCUGUCUAAUCUAACAAUUCACUUUGAAUAUAAUGGGGUGGGGAGAACCAGGAACAGGAGACAGUACAGAAAAAUUUACAGAGUGUAGUUUGUAGCUAUAAAGAGAAUGAAAGCAGUUUUACACGUGCAAUUCAACAACACGAGCCCUCGAGGUCUACCAGAGGAAGCAGAUAGAAUGUGAGUUUGCACAGAUGAGGCUGGAGAUGACCAAGGAUGACCAUGACAUUUUAUACCAGAGCCUUAUCCAUCCAUCAUCCCCAUCUCUUUCCUUCUCAUCUGAGCCCAGGAUAACCACAAUACGUCCCAAACCAACACACGUGUGUAGAGAGAUCCUAAAAACACACCUCCCUAUCUGAAACUCAGGUGAUUUCUAUACUGCGCACCAGAAGAGAGAUGUUCACCGUUCAGUUCAA